UCUUCCAACCCAAGCAAUGGAUCCAAGCGGGGGCGAAAUCGCAGUGGAAAUCCUCCCUUUUAUACGAACCUACAGGGACGGCCGCGUCGAACGCCUUGUCCCCACCGACGUCGUCUCUCCCUCCCUCGAUCCCACAACCGGUGUCACCUCCAAAGACGUCAUGAUCGAUCGCGAGACCAACGUAUCCGCCCGGCUCUACCACCCCGACCUCGCCUCCUUCGACCCUUCUCAGAAGCUCCCCAUCCUCGUCUACUUCCACGGCGGUGGCUUCUGCUUCGGGAGCCCCUUCUGGACCCUGUACCACAACUAUCUCAACUCCCUCGUCGCCAAAGCCAAGGUGGUAGCCGUGUCGGUCGACUACCGGCUUGCGCCGGAGAACCCAAUCCCGGCGGCCUACGAGGACUCGUGGCAGGCGCUCCAGUGGGUGGUGUCCCACUCAGAGGGGGCCGGGUCCGAGCCCUGGCUCGCCGAGCGGGGGGACUUGUCACGGGUGUUCUUGGCCGGAGACAGCGCCGGCGCGAACAUCGUCCACAACAUGGCGAUGCGGGCGAAGGCGAGGAUCGAGGGGGUGGUGCUGGUGCACCCGUUCUUCUGGGGAUCGGAGCGGAUGGGGUGCGAGAAGGACCGAGACGACAAGCCUUUGCUUGACCCGGUGACAACGGACCUUGUGUGGCCGUUCGUGUGCCCAGGCGCGGUGGGGAGCGACGACCCCCGGUUGAAUCCGAUGGCGAAGGGGGGGCCGAGUCUGGCGGGGCUGGGAUGCGGGCGGGUGCUGGUGGUCGUGGCGGAGAAGGAUCUGUUGAGGGACAGGGGAAGAGCGUAUUACGAGGCUUUGAAGGGGAGUAGGUGGGGAGGGAUGGUGGAGAUUUUUGAGACGAAAGGCGAGGAUCAUGUGUUCCAUCUGUUCGAGUCUGGGUGCGACAAGGCUUUGGAGUUGUUCCAGCGUUUGGCUGGUUUCAUCAGGCGUGAGUAGCACAAGGUGCGGAUACUUGGAUGAUGCUUAACUAAACUG